CUUGUUUGUCUCCAUGGAAACGUAUUUCACUUCCUGGGCGUUGUCAACAAUGACCUUUGAACUCAACAGUCAGCAAAAACGUAGUGUAAAGGCCAGGCAGGAUCUAGGAAUCGAUCGUGGAUUGACUUGGAUAUCACACUCAGAUUCUAGAUAAUUCAAAAGCCAAUCAUGAGUUUACAGUGGACUGCUGUGGCCGCAUUCCUCUAUGUGGAAAUUGGCCUCACUUUGCUACUGAUCUUACCCUUGCUGAAGCCGUCCAUAUGGAAGUGGAUAUUCAGUCGCAGCGUUUUCUCUGCUAUUCAACCCGUAUGGACGACUGUGUACUAUGCCAUUCUUCUUGUUUUGGUUGUGCUGUUCAUCGACUCCAUCCGUAUCAUGAGGAAAUAUGGAAACGAGCUCCCUGAACACCCUGGAGCGUUAACCCUCGAUGCCAAGCUAGACAGGCGUCUAAAUGAAUGUCGAGGACAAAGAAAUUUCUACAUCACUGGAUUUGCCUUGUUUCUCAUUCUUGUCAUCAGACGUUUGAUCACGAUGCUGGGUAACGUGGCUACACUGGAAGCCUCACACACUGCUACUCUCAGACAAGCGCAGGCUGCUAAUGCUGAGCUGGCCAGGCGCAUAGAUAAGGAAUCCUCUGAGGCAGGAGACAAACAAAAAGAAGGAAAACCAAGUGGAGAAGAGGUUAAAAACAAGGAAGAUUACAAAAAAAUGGAAGAUGACCUGAAGAAAACGAAAGCUGACCUUGAAGCAAUGAAGAAACAGGCAGAAUCGACCAGUGCCGAGUAUAACAGACUUGCAGAAGAGCAUCAAAAGCUAUUGAAUGACGUAGAGAAUAAAGACGAGAACAAGAAAGACCAGUAAUCAAGUGGCCUAGUUGAAGACAAUGUCAUAGAACCAAUAAUAUCGAGUGAUUUGUAAUUUGUAACAUUUUUAGUAAGUAUACAGUGAAGUAUCUUAUAACGGACUGA